GAGUGAAAGUAGAAAGGUGCCACGAAGCCAAUUGAAGACAAGACACUAAAAGCUCGUGUGCCAUCAUGCCGAUCAUCACCUUCGUUGCGCGCGUCUCGGACGGCAUGUUGCUGGUCGCGUCCAUGGAGUCUAUUGGUGACGCGAACGGAAACCUGGACACGUAUAAGCAACAGGCUAAACAGAUAAUGAAGCGAUUGGAUCAACGCUCGCCCACCAAGUGCAGCAUCGAGUCGGGCGCCUACACCUUCCACUACCUGAUCCAGGAGGGCGUGUGCUAUUUGACGCUGGCGGAUCGAGGGUUCCCUAAGCGUCUGGCCUUCUUGUAUCUAGAAGAAGUGCACGCAGGCUUUGUGGAGGAACUGGAACGCGACAGCGGCAGCAACUGGCGUGACGUCGUCACGACUGUCGCGAGGCCCUACGCAUUCAUCAAGUUCGGUAAGAAAGCGAGUUUUCUGCUGGUGGCUCUAGUUGUUCAUAAGUAUUGUGAUACUACAGACAAGUUUAUCCAGAAGAAGCGCAAGGAGUACGCCGAUCCCAGCUCUUCGCAGAACAUGCACCGCCUGAACGACGACCUGGCUGAUAUCCACAAUAUCAUGCGCAAGAACAUCCAGGAGGUUCUCAACCGCGGCGAGCGUGUCGAACGUAUGUUCCAAAUGUUGUUAGGAAAGGCAAGGUUGUUGCUGACGAUCCUCUCUCUGGGUGGUUGCUGUGCUUGUUGUCAGAUGUUUCGCGUAUCUCGUCGAACUUGGCGGACAGAUCAAAGGACCUCAAGUGGGGGGCCAAGAAGCUGCGGAUGCAGGCCAUCUACCGCCAAUACGGCCCCAUCGUCGCUGUCGCGCUCUUCGUGCUGCUCGUUAUUUACAUCAAGUUCUUUUAGAUUAGGCAACAGCAGAGUUCCAGAAGUUGAGCAAUGGUGUUGCUCGGCAUACUGAAGGAGAUAUUACCUAGAAGAACUAUUAAAUUCGAGAUCGAUUGAGUGAACUUGCUGUACCUGCCUGUAAUGCUCUAGUUGUCGAGUUAUUAUUGCGCAUGAAA